UCCGUGUCUCUCCUGUGAUCGUACUGACACGGCCGGGGGGUUAGAAUGGAACAAACUGAAGGCCCGAUGAGAGAAAGGGAAAGUUAAGGAUGCUGGAGCAGAACAAUGGAUUUCUCUUUCUCUUUCAUGCAAGGGAUCAUGGGAAACACAAUUCAGCAACCACCUCAACUCAUUGACUCCGCCAACAUCCGUCAGGAGGAUGCCUUUGAUAACAACAGUGACAUUGUUGAAGAUGGUGGCCAGACACCAUAUGAAGCUACCUUGCAGCAAGGCUUUCAGUACCCACCUACAACAGAAGAUCUUCCUCCACUCACAAAUGGCUAUCCACCAUCCAUCAGCAUGUAUGAAACUCAAACCAAAUACCAGUCAUAUAAUCAGUAUCCCAAUGGGUCAGCCAAUGGCUUUGGUGCAGUUAGAAACUUUAGCCCCACUGACUAUUACCAUUCAGAAAUUCCAAACACAAGACCACAUGAAAUUCUGGAAAAACCUUCUCCUCCACAGCCACCACCUCCUCCUUCGGUACCACAAACUGUGAUUCCAAAGAAGACUGGCUCACCUGAAAUUAAACUAAAAAUAACCAAAACUAUCCAGAAUGGCAGGGAAUUGUUUGAGUCUUCCCUUUGUGGAGACCUUUUAAAUGAAGUACAGGCAAGUGAGCACACAAAAUCAAAGCAUGAAAGCAGAAAGGAAAAGAGGAAAAAAAGCAACAAGCAUGACUCAUCAAGAUCUGAAGAGCGCAAGUCACACAAAAUCCCCAAAUUAGAACCAGAGGAACAAAAUAGACCAAACGAGAGGGUUGACACUGUAUCAGAAAAGCCAAGAGAAGAUAUAGUACUAAAAGAAGAACCCCCGGUUCAGCCAAUAUUAUCUUCUGUUCCAACAACAGAAGUGUCUGCUGGUGUUAAGUUCCAGGUUGGCGAUCUUGUUUGGUCUAAGGUGGGAACCUAUCCUUGGUGGCCUUGCAUGGUUUCAAGUGAUCCCCAGCUCGAGGUUCAUACCAAAAUUAACACAAGAGGUGCCCGAGAAUAUCACGUCCAGUUUUUUAGCAACCAGCCAGAGAGGGCCUGGGUUCAUGAAAAGCGAGUACGAGAGUAUAAAGGCCAUAAACAGUAUGAAGAAUUAUUGGCUGAAGCAACCAAACAAGCCAGCAACCACUCUGAGAAACAGAAGAUUCGGAAACCCAGACCUCAGAGAGAACGUGCUCAGUGGGAUAUUGGCAUUGCCCAUGCAGAGAAAGCAUUGAAGAUGACCCGAGAGGAAAGAAUAGAACAGUAUACUUUUAUCUAUAUAGAUAAACAACCUGAUGAGGCUUUAUCCCAAGGAAAGAAGAAUGUUGCCUCCAAAGCCGAAGUUAAGAAAACACGAAGACCAAGGUCAGUGCUGAAUACUCAGCCAGAACAGACCAAUGCAGGUGAGGCAGCCUCCUCACCAUCAAGUACUGAAAUUCGGAGACAGAGCCAGAGGCGGCACACAAGUGUGGAAGAGGAAGAACCACCUCCUGUGAAAAUAGCCUGGAAAACGGCUGCAGCGAGGAAAUCUUUACCAGCUUCCAUUACAAUGCACAAAGGGAGCCUGGAUUUGCAGAAGUGUAACAUGUCUCCAGUUGUGAAAAUUGAACAAGUGUUUGCUCUUCAGAAUGCUACAGGAGAUGGGAAAUUUAUCGAUCAAUUUGUUUAUUCAACAAAGGGAAUUGGUAACAAAACAGAAAUAAGUGUCAGGGGACAAGACAGACUUAUAAUUUCCACACCAAACCAGAGAAAUGAAAAGGCAACUCAGAAUAUAUCAUCUCCUGAAGCAACAUCUGGUCCUACAGGCUCAGUAGAAAAGAAGCAACAGAGAAGAUCAAUUAGAACUCGAUCUGAAUCAGAGAAAUCCACUGAGGUUGUGCCAAAGAAGAAGAUCAAAAAGGAGCAGGUUGAAACAGUUCCUCAGGCUACAGUGAAGACUGGAUUACAGAAAGGUGCCAGCGAGAUUUCAGAUUCCUGUAAACCUCUAAAGAAAAGGAGUCGCGCCUCAACUGAUGUAGAAAUGACUAGCUCAGCAUACAGAGACACGUCAGACUCCGAUUCUAGAGGACUGAGUGACCUACAGGUAGGCUUUGGAAAGCAAGUAGAUAGCCCUUCCGCUACUGCAGAUAUAGAUGUUUCUGAUGUGCAGUCCGUGGAUUCAAGUUUGUCAAGAAGAGGCGUUGGAAUCAGUAAGAAGGACACUGUGUGUCAGAUUUGUGAAAGCUCUGGUGACUCUCUGAUUCCUUGUGAGGGAGAGUGCUGCAAACACUUUCACCUGGAGUGCCUGGGAUUGGCAUCACCCCCUGAUGGAAAGUUCAUCUGCAUGGAAUGUAAAACCGGACAGCACCCAUGUUUUUCAUGUAAAGUGUCUGGUACAGAUGUGAAGCGUUGCUCUGUUGGUGCUUGUGGGAAGUUUUAUCAUGAAGCCUGUGUCCGCAAAUUCCCCACUGCCAUCUUUGAAUCAAAAGGAUUCCGCUGUCCCCAGCACUGUUGCUCUGCCUGUUCCAUGGAAAAAGAUAUCUACAAAGCAAGUAAAGGCCGCAUGAUGAGAUGUUUGAGAUGCCCAAUAGCCUAUCACUCUGGAGAUGCUUGCAUUGCUGCCGGAAGCAUAUUUGUGUCCUCCUACGUUCUCAUCUGUAGUAACCAUUCCAAGCGGAGCAGUGGUUCAUCCUCUGCCAUAAAUGUAGGCUUUUGUUUCGUUUGUGCGAGAGGGCUGAUAGUUCAGGACCAUUCAGACCCCAUGUUCAGUUCAUAUGCCUAUAAGUCCCACUACCUACUGAAUGAAUCAAAUCGUGCAGAGUUGAUGAAAUUACCUAUGAUUCCUUCUUCGUCAGCUUCCAAAAAGAAAUGUGAGAAAGGUGGAAGAUUGCUCUGCUGUGAAUCGUGCCCGGCUUCCUUCCACCCAGAAUGCCUGAGCAUAGAAAUGCCAGAAGGCUGCUGGAAUUGUAAUGACUGUAAAGCUGGCAAGAAACUACAUUACAAGCAGAUUGUUUGGGUCAAAUUGGGAAAUUACAGAUGGUGGCCAGCAGAGAUCUGCAAUCCCAGGUCUGUGCCACUGAACAUCCAGGGCCUUAAGCAUGACUUGGGGGACUUCCCCGUGUUCUUCUUUGGUUCUCAUGACUACUAUUGGGUGCACCAGGGCAGAGUGUUCCCUUAUGUUGAAGGAGACAAAAGCUUUGCUGAGGGACAGACUAGUAUUAACAAGACCUUCAAAAAAGCACUGGAAGAAGCUGCAAAACGUUUCCAGGAAUUGAAAGCACAAAGAGAAAGCAAAGAAGCGCUAGAGGUUGAAAAAAACUCAAGAAAACCUCCUCCUUACAAACACAUCAAAGCUAACAAAGUAAUAGGAAAGGUGCAGAUCCAUGUCGCAGACCUGUCAGAGAUCCCCCGCUGCAACUGCAAGCCGGCUGAUGAGAACCCGUGCGGCCUGGAGUCGGAGUGCCUGAACAGGAUGCUGCAGUACGAGUGCCACCCGCAGGUGUGCCCAGCCGGAGAGCGGUGCCAGAACCAGUGCUUUACAAAGAGGCUCUACCCUGAUGCAGAGGUCAUCAAGACAGAGCGGAGAGGCUGGGGCCUCAGGACCAAAAGGAGCAUUAAGAAGGGUGAAUUUGUAAAUGAAUAUGUUGGCGAAUUAAUUGAUGAAGAAGAGUGCAGAUUGCGAAUCAAGCGAGCCCACGAGAACAGUGUAACUAAUUUUUAUAUGUUAACUGUUACCAAGGACCGUAUAAUUGAUGCUGGCCCCAAAGGAAACUAUUCUCGCUUUAUGAACCACAGUUGUAAUCCAAACUGUGAAACACAAAAGUGGACAGUAAAUGGAGAUGUUCGAGUUGGACUUUUCGCGCUUUGUGAUAUUCCUGCAGGGAUGGAGUUAACAUUUAAUUAUAACCUGGAUUGUCUGGGCAACGGCAGGACAGAGUGCCACUGCGGAGCGGAGAACUGUAGCGGCUUUCUGGGAGUGCGGCCGAAGCCGACGUGUGCAUCAACCGCUGAAGAGAAGGCCAGAAAUGCUAAGUUAAAGCAGAAGAGGCGAAAAAUCAAAGCAGAACCAAAGCAGAUGCAUGAAGAUUACUGUUUUCAGUGUGGAGAUGGUGGAGAGCUGGUCAUGUGUGACAAAAAGGACUGUCCCAAAGCAUACCACCUCUUAUGCCUUAACCUGAGUCAGCCACCAUAUGGAAAGUGGGAGUGUCCGUGGCACCAGUGCGGGGAGUGCGGCAGCGCCGCCGUCUCCUUCUGUGAGUUCUGCCCACGCUCGUUCUGUAAAGACCACCGAGAGGGGGCGCUGGUUCCCUCGGCCCUGGAGGGCCGACUCUGCUGCUCCGAGCACGACCCCCAAUCGCCCGUGUCUGCCGAGUACUGGAGCAAGAUCAAAUGCAAAUUGGAAUCACAGGAUCAUGGAGAAGACCUGAAAGAAUAAAUGGGUGGUGAUUUCUUAUUUUUUUCUUUUUAUUGACAUAACAAAAAGGAAAAGAAAAAAAGGGGAAUCGGUGACGAUUGUGGAAGAGGAUUGGGCCGCGGUUAGCACCAAGGCCGUCAGCGCUGCCUUACUCAAGUGCGAUGGGGAGCGGUGGUGCGGGCGGGAGCACUUGGUGGUGCCUGUUUCGGGUUUGUCGGCUUUCGGCCUCUUCUGUGCGGGCCAGAUUCCCUUGGUCUUUUCUUGCCUUUUAUUGUGCUUCAAUGCCUUUGCAGCUGGAAAAAGAGAUGUCUUUGCUUUGGGAAGAGAAAGUUUGUCAAUGAGAUAAAUUUAAAGCCUAGGAUGUGUUCCUUGGGUGUAAAAAGCAAAAGUAGUCAUCAUUCCUUUAUUUAUUAUUUUUUUUAAUCUUGAGAAAUAUAGUUCUGGUAGUCCAUUCAGUGUACGUGUGUGUCUCACGUAGGAGCUGGAGCAGGCCCUCUGGGAAAGGCUCUGAUGAUCUUCAAAUACCUCUUUGCUGAGCAGUAGGGAGGCUGACUUCUUUUUCCCUUCAAAAUGUCUUUCAUAGUCUCAGAGAAGGGCUUUAUGGGAGUACCGAAUCUGGCCUCUUGAAAACAGAAUGCCUCAGUGGAUUUACCUCUCUGGUCUUAACCUAGGUGGGCUUUACGAGGUGAUAAAUAUCUAGAAAGGUGUGUCAUGUGGUUUUGGGUUUUGGAGAAAACUGGAAGGGGGUGCGCUCUCUGAGUUGGAAAUGUUUUCCAUUGAACGCAGACAUUUUUGAUGAAGUGUGUUUAUGUGGACGUGAAGGCAUCAUUAGAGUGGUCACCCCACCCCCACCCCCCAUCCUGACACACUGACAAAGGCAGCUAAUGAGGCCCAGACCAAACGCUGGAUCAUACAAGCACCAUUUUCUGUUCAGUGUAGUGGAGCCCCCUCGUGCAGCUUGGAGAGAAUUAAGGGCUUUUUCUCUCCUGUCUCUGCUUCCUUUUCCCAGUCACAUAUUCCCUUUGUCAGCUGGCCGGCCGCUCAGCCGCGUUUCCUAGUGGAAACUACACAAAUGAAUCUGAGUUGUAGCUGUGUAGGUUUUUUGGUUUAGUUCCUAAUUUGGGGGGGGCAGAAGGGGAAGGGGCAGCCCCAAGUUCUGUGUAAACAAUUUCUAUUUAGUAUUAUCUAGUAACCAACAUUGCCCCCAUUGAGGAAGUGAGGUGCUUCUCCAGGGUAGGCAAGAGUCACACAAACACACUUCACUGUGGGAAGCACUUAGGGAAGCUCCCGAGAAAGCAGCAUUAGCAAAAUCUGUUGGUUGCGAUGCUUGGAUCUCACAGUUGCAAGUGUACCAAGAUGUCCAUCCGCAAAACUCAGUUGCAUUCAAUGCCUAGGAACAUGUAGAUUCCAGUAUUCCUGCUAUGAAGUAAUUAGUCCUGUCAGACAUUGUUGUAACGCUGUGCUAAGUAGAAGUCUAGGGCUAGCUUGAAUGAACUAUAACUUUCUCUGUGGAUUUUGACUGCUUACACUUGCUGGUACUUGGGAGCAUUUAUUUUCCCUCAAGAAGUUUCUAGGAACCUUGUGAAGGUUGGGAGGGUAGAUGCCCGGCCACAUUCCUUCAGUUGUGUCAUGUGCGUUCCUUCCUUCUUGUCAAGUUAGAGUUCUUCUCUGGAAAAAAAGAAAAAAAAAACGCUGUUUUGUGCCUCUCUCUCUUUUUUUAAAUGUAAAUGUGUAAUUGUACUGGAUUUUCUCUUGUAAAAAACAAAACAAA